AUGAGGUCGGCCCCUCCUGGGGGAGACACCAAGUCCUCGGUUCCCAAAUCAGGGAAAGAUAACAAGAAGAAAAUGGCAUCGAAACCUGAAAAUCCCCAAGACAAGAAAACCCCUACUCUAAGGCUAAGGAAGAAACUUAUUCACGUGGACCUAGAUUCGACCCACCUGUUUCUGGAUGAUGAAGAAAAUGAGAGCGAAGAAUUGGCAUUGGUGACCCGAACUAGAAAACGGAUUGAGGUCACCAAGUCCUCCAAGCCGGAGACCUUGCCUCGUGGUGAGGAAACUCCAAAGAAAGACUCGAGUAAAGCCCCCGAGUCCCCUGAGAUUGAGAGCGCCUCGAGUGAGGAGCUCAAGGCCGUGACAAUAGGUCACUCCAAUUCUCUACCAUCUUAUUAUGAUGAGGCAAUAAAGGACGCUCGAGCUCUGCGAACGCCCGACCCGAGCAAGGUCCUCGAAGAAGAUCCCUUUCAAGACUGUUUCACUAGGGUCGAGGAUGCCGCUGAUCUUAAUGAUGCAUCUACCCUUUUUGAAGAGGCUCAUCGUCUCUUAUCUCGGGACAUUACUAAGUUUAAAGCUGAGCUGAUCCAAUGUGAGGCCGAGCUUAAGAAGUCUUUAGAUGAAAAGAAGGCUCUAAGGCUCCUUUGUAUCCAAAAGGAGGAGGAACUCAAGGACCUUCGGGCAGAUUUGGCCAAAGCUCAUAAAAACAAGGCCGAGCUAGACAAGCAGCUGCAGCAAAAAUUGGAGUUGAUAGGGCAGCUUCGGGGCGAGGUCGAUCAGGUUAAAGUUGACUACAACCAAUGGAAGGAAAAUAUGGAUCGGCUUCCUACUGAUAAAGAGGUUGCUCUAUCCCAACUGGCCUCAGCUGAGAUCCAACUUCGAGGUGCUAAAUUGAAAAAUCUGGCCCAGGCCAAGAAGAUCGAGGAGCUCGAGGCAAAAUUCGCUGAAAUCGGUGCCGAGGUUGCUGAGGCCAAGGCCGAAGUUAAGAAGAUGAAGGCCACGGCUAAUAAAACCAUUACCGUAUACUUAAAAGAUGCCGAGGCUGUUCAAGCGAAGCUAAGGAAGGCCUCCGACUGGGAGAAACGAGUCAGUGAUUUGGCCAAGUGUCAAUCCCGGAGGGAGGCCCUCGAAGAGAUUCGCGCUUGA